CUACUCUCUGUUAACGGAUAUCGUGAAUUCUUCGAUUUUGAACGUAUCUCGGAGCAACGAACUCGCCUGCCGGCGACUGAAAUCUCUGGAUCGCGGUUAUAUUCGUUUGUUAAUUUCCAUUGACACACGCAUGAAAUUUUUGUUGCUACGCGGUCGAUUCGACGGAAUAGCUGAAUCGGAUACGCGGUAAAAAUAAAUACGUACAGUAAAAAGCGCAAAAGAAGGAUCACCGUGAUAAUCGUGCUUAUUUUUCGGAUGAAAUUCAGUGCAGUACACGUGCAUCAUCCAAUCGUUGCCGAAGAAACCGUUAGAAGUUUCAGUCGUGUGCGCGUUUGAACGAUCUAGUAUACAUUUGUCAUCUACGUGCGGAGAACCACUCCCGAUUGGUGUUACGGUGUUUCCGCGAUACUUGUUACCUUUAAAAGAAGAGUACCAAUAUGGCUGUUAAUGUUUAUGCAACAAACGUGACAACUGAAAACCUAAGUCGACAUGAUAUGUUGGCAUGGGUAAAUGACUGUCUGCAGUCAUCGUUUACCAAGAUCGAAGAGUUAUGUACUGGAGCUGUUUAUUGUCAAUUCAUGGAUAUGCUUUUCCCUGGAAGCGUCCCAUUGAAGAGGGUCAAGUUCAAGACUAACCUUGAGCAUGAAUACAUACAGAAUUUCAAAAUUUUGCAAGGUGGUUUCAAAAAGAUGAAUGUAGAUAAGAUUGUUCCAAUUGAUAAACUGGUGAAAGGCAGGUUCCAAGACAACUUUGAAUUUUUACAAUGGUUCAAGAAAUUUUUCGAUGCAAACUACUCCAGAACAGAGCCAUACGAUGCACUUGCUAUGAGAGGAGGAGAAGCCAUGGGUAGUGGUGGAAAUAAUGCACCGCAUGGCACUAAUGCAAAACGCACCACACCACGUGAUGUAAAUUCAACUAAACCGGCUGCUCGUAUUGGUGAGGAUCCUUCGCCUCCUGUACCUACAGCUAACGUCAAGUCUAUUAACAAAGCUCCGGCUCAUCGUCCGCAAGCGAAAACAGGCGUGGGAAAUCGUGUCGAAUCUGGAAAAGUUGAAGAACUUAGUGCCCAGUUGAUGGAAUUAAAAAUGUCAUUGGAUGGGCUGGAGAAAGAAAGAGAUUUCUACUUCGGGAAAUUACGUGAUAUCGAAGUUAUGUGCCAAGAUUGUGACAACGGAGAUCCUCCCCCAAUAGUACAGAAAAUCUUAGAAGUCCUUUAUGCAACAGAGGAAGGGUUUGCACCACCAGAAGAACUGGAAGGAGACGGUCUUGCGCCAGAUGACGAAGAAGAAUAUUAACUUCACUUUGUUUUGUACAAUCAUUAUAAAAAGUACGACAGCAAAUUGUCCAAGUGCGUUUCAGUUUAUUAUCUAUUUGUGAGCCAGUAUCAGUACCCUUCGCAUAAUUGAUAAGCUACUUUGUAUAGCUAUUUAAGCAUUUCCGCCUUUUCAUUUUCGUUACAAACGUUUUCACCGAGAGUUCAUUAAAAGAUUUGCACGUAUAAUUAGGGUAGGAAAGUACAUUAAAUAAAUGCACUUGAAUAACUUGUACUCUACGACAAGUAAUUAUUAAGGGUCAAAGAAAAGAAAAAACAGAAUUAGCAGUUCAUAUAUUGUCAUAGUUCUUUAUCGUAAUAAAAAUAACGGUAGAGCUUUGAACAUCGAUAAGUCUCAAAAUAAAAGAAUAAGAAAAUAAGGGAAAAAUAUUUUUGGAUGCAGAUACUCGACGACUAUCUGAAUCCAGUUUGUUAUACAGUAAUUUUAUGUUAACUAUGUUCAAUAACGUGUGAGUGUUUUUGUUUGUAAAUGCACUACUAUUUUUAUCGAUAAAUAGGUGAAAUCUCGUCGGUUUGUCCUUUUCGUACAUUGUUGUAGUUCUUUGAAAACCGUAUUUUAUGAGCGCAUAAUCUAUAGUGUAACUGUUUCAAACCUGUUUACCUUGUGCAAUUGCGACACAAUGCGUAUGAUACAAUCGAUUAUUUGUUAACAAUUGAAACCAUUAAUUUUUCACCGAUCAUAGAUGUGAAAUACGAUAUAUGAUAUAAUAUGUCGAAACUGAUUCUUGAAACGCAUUAAAUUGAAUUCCCCAAAUUUUAUACACACCUUUCGUUUUUUCUUUUCUUUCUUUCUUAUGUUUUUUUUUUUAAUUAAUGGAAGAUCAUAGUUUAUGCUAUCAUUGUAUAAUUUAUAAACUCAUAGACACGAUUGCGAUCUAAAAUCUAAAAAGAAAAAAAAAGAAAGAAAACUGAACGAAACACGAAUAACGCAUGUUUCUUGAGAAAUAGCAUAAUUAUGACUAAAAACGACGAUGAUAUUCACUUCUGUUUCCAGCUAAUUGAAUUUUGGAGAUGCGAACGAUCGUUCGAUUUGGAAAUUGGAUUGAAUGUCUGGUUUUACAGAAAUAUUUAUUUCACGCGAGUAAGACGACAAUCGUCUUCGCAUCUCCACGAUCCGUCUUUCAGAACGAGAAUGGCCUUAAAAACCAGCGAUAAACUUGAGAUUACAGAGGAAAUACUCGAAUUAUUAGAAAGCAAACGCAAAGUGUAUCUCCGAGCAGUACGACAUAAUUGAUAAACGAAUUACGUUGCAAGCACGAGGAAACGCUUAGCUUCUGAGACAAAAAAUAAAAAGAUGAAACGCAAGUAAAAAAAAAAAAAAAAAAAAAAAAAAGAAAAACAGGAAUUAAAAAGAAAAGCUAAUGAAGAAAAUUUGUAAAAUUAUACGGUCAGAAAGGGAUUGAAUGAGAGGAAACGAAUGAAAGGAAAAAUCAAGCACGUAAGCGAAAACUAUGCGAAUAAUUUGCUACGUGCCAUGGUAUGGCUGGAUAAUAUGUAUGUCUUUUGAAGUCAUCAGGUUCAGAAUCCAUCAUACAGAAACGACAAAUUAUGUAUUCGACAUAUUUUACUUUUCUCUUAAGAAUUAAUCGAAUAUAAAUCUUAAGAUACGCGUCGAUCAUUGUUACUAUCGUUUCUAUUAGGGUAAUAAUGCUCGUGUUAAUUAAGUGUAACGACUAUAAAAAAAAAAAGACGAAGGAUAUACGACGCACUUUAACUUGCGCUACGUUUAUUGCUCUAUGUGUGCGUAUAUAGCGAACCAUUGCGAGAAUGUGCUUCAAAAUUUGAAAUUUUAAUGGUGAGGUAAUAAACGUUUAAUAGGAUUCAA